AUGAACAUUGACGGAUUCGCACUCGUGACGGGAGCAGGUAGUGGCAUUGGCCGCGACUGUGCAAUUGCCUAUGCCAUUGAAGGCGCAGCCGGUGUGGCAUUCGCCGAUCUUGAUCCCAUCGCAGCGACAGCCGCCGCCGAAGAAAGCAAAUUGCUCGCUACGAACCCCAACUACCGAGCAUUGACCAUUGAGGUUAAUGUCCGUGAUCCAGACAGUGUCCAGGAGAUGGUUGACACAGUCGUCAUGGCCUUUGGCCGCAUUGACUACUCCGUCAACAGCGCAGGGGUUGGUGUCGAGCAGCCAGCAGAGAUUUCCAAGGCGUCAGUGCGAGAGUUCGAGCGCUUCAUGGACGUCAACGUCAAAGGCACGUUACUCUGCGUCCGCGCCGUGAGCGCCCAGAUGAAGCAGCAAGAAGCUCGGCACUUCUCGUUGCGUAAGUCCACUCCCGCCCGGAGCUGUGGUCGGGGCGUGAUCAUCAAUCUGGGAUCGAGUAAUUCGUAUGUGGCGACGCCCAAUAUCGUUCAGUAUACGGCCUCUAAACAUGCGGUGAUGGGAAUUACCCGCAAUGCUGGUGCGUUCCACACGCAGUUCUUCCUCUCUUCCUCCACAUUUCAGAAGACUGACAAUGAGAAAAAUAAAUCAGCCCUGGAUUUGGCCCCAUACGGGAUCCGAGUCAAUUCGAUCUGCCCCUCGUGGGUGGAAACUCCGAUGAUCGAGCGAGCGGUGGCGGGCGAUCCGAAUUUGGCAUUUGUGAUGAGUCGAGUGGUGCCGAUGGGUCGGAUUGCGACGAAGGAGGAAGUCUCCGAUGUGCUGAUGUUCAUGAGUAGUCCGCGGGCGAGUUUCGUCACCGGGGCAGGCUGGAUGGUCGAUGGAGGGGCUACUCUGCAGCUGCAGACUUGA